AAGAAGUGGAGAGGUGAUGUAAUUUUGUCCCCAUUAGGAAGAUAAGCUCCAUUAUCACCCAUCGGUCAUCUGGUCAGUCUAAGCUAUAAAACAGAGACUGAAGGAUGCCCAUGUUAGGAGAACCACCCUACUUGCGACAAGCAUGUGCUGCAUGUGUGAAGAACAACAUUCAGCUCCCUGACAAGAACGGACCCUGAUUUUCACCCAGAGUCUGUUGAACACUGCAGUUGACGACCGAAGCACUGUGGCUGGCUACAGGCGGCAUCUCUGCAGAAAAAGGCUUCCAGCCGCAGCCUGCUUCAGACCGGCAGAGAAACGGAUCAACAGAAAGAUCCUGCUACCUCCAGGCUCUGAGCGGGGGAGGAGCCAGGCUCUCUCCGGACUCCCAAGAGACGGAAGAAUGAGGAUCCCGCUGCUGGUGACAAGAAGCCUGCUGCUUAAGCUGCUGCCUUUCUUGGUCUCCACCACUCUCUACUUUGCCCUCUGGCUGCCAGAGCCCAGUGUGCUGAGCGCCGUGGUCAAGGGCUCCCCCACCCUGGCCUUGACCUUCUUCGUGGUGGCCCAGUCCUACAGUGUGGGCAUCUGGACUCCAUAUGCCCGGCGGAUAUUUCGAGGCCUGCUGUUCUCGGCAGUGGGCGACGUCUGUUUGGUGUGGCCAAAGCUCUUCCUUCCAGGAAUGGUUGCCUUUGCUGCCUGCCACAUCUCCUACAUCUCAGCCUUUGGUCUGCACCCCCUCCGGCCCCUCACCUUCCUCCUCAUCAUAGGGGCGGAGGCUGCGGCCUACAUCUUCCUCCUCCUGCCCUGCCUGAAGGGCAUCUACACGUGGGCUGUGGCAGCCUACGUGGGCCUCCUUGGUGUCAUGGCCUGGCGUGCGUGGUCCCAGCCAAGCUUCCAGCUUAGCGCUUCCAUUGGCAGCCUGCUCUUCGUGGUGUCCGACUUGUUCGUCGCCCUCGAUAAGUUCUGCUCCUCACUGCCUAACGCCCGCUUCUUUAUCAUGAUCACCUACUACCUUGCUCAGGGUUUAAUUGCACUUUCUGUGGCGUCCCAGAAAACCUCCUGGAAGGAGAGCUAAGAACUGGAGUUGGGCUCUUCACAUUAACGUUACGGGUCGUGGACUCCAGGAACCCUGCCUCUCUCUUCCUCCGCUUCCCAAAGAAGCCACUGCCCCUACUUCUACUUCUUCUUCUUCUGGAUUGUUCCAACAGACACUCCAUAUGCUGGGCAUCAGAACCUCUAUGACCUCUAUUGCUUCCUUUCGUCUUUUUCCCUUUCGUGAUUUUUCUUCUUGGAAGCAACAAACAUCUCAAGAUAAUGCAGCAUUUAUGCUUUAAAGGAAACUUUAAAAUGACAUCAUUGCCAUUGUCCAAUGAGAGCUCAAAAUGAUUGCCAUGUUGUGUGAGAGUGAUGGAUUCCCACCUUUCUAGCUCUGAUUUUGAUUUGAUUUUUUGAGGGCUUCUUUCUGCAUACUUUAUUUGUGUACUGCAAACUUUAACUAUUCUACUUGUUCUCCAGAUCAGUGUUUCUCAACCACCAGUCCGUGGACCGGUGCUGGUCCAUGAGCAGUUGAGUGCUGGUCCGUGCUGGAAUUAAUCCCGCCACGAAACAAUUUCGAGCUGAUGGGGGCCUCCAUUUCUGGGAACUCUCUGGAGCUCAUUUCUAGGCAGGCAGCCCUCACUGCUGGGAUAGCGUUCAUUUCAA